CACUUUUAACACAAAACCACUGUGUAGUUUUUCGAACUAUCCGAUGUACCGACACUAAAAUUCUUGGUACGAAUUUAAAAACUUGUGAGAACAUAACCUAGUUAACCUUAGAAGAAAACACACGAAUGUCAACAUUGUGUUAACUGGACGUACUGAAGAUGUGAUCUCAUCGGAAAAGUAGCAUUUGUCAAGUUGUACGUAAUGUCAUAAUAUUUUAUGUAAAAAAGAAAGUGUAAUGGAAAAUCAUUCCGUUCGAAUAAAUUAUGCGCUAACAUCUCGCGACACAGAACAACCAUUAAUACACGAUAGCCAAACUAAACAAUACGGAGAGAACAGUAAAGACCGUGAAGAAAUACUUGUAUUAACAAGCGAAGUAAAGGGUGGCUUGUUUUAUCCCAGGGCUUUGUUAUUUUUAACAUUAUGGUACUUCUUCAGUGGAUGUACUUUGUUUUUGAACAAAUACAUAUUAUCUUACAUGGAAGGCGAUCCUACAAUUUUGGGUGCUUGUCAGAUGUUAAUGACAGCUGUUUGUGGAUUUAUACAAAUGUAUUUUCCAUGCGGAAUGUACAAAGCAAAUCCUAGGUUAAUGAGGCCAGCAGGUUUUUAUAAGCAUAUGAUAUUGGUAGGAUGUACAAGAUUUACAACUGUAGUACUAGGAUUAGUGUCACUCAAUUAUGUAGCAGUGAGUUUUACAGAAACUAUUAAAAGUAGUGCUCCACUUUUUACCGUCCUUAUUAGCAGAUAUUUAUUAGGAGAACAUACAGGGUUAUAUGUAAAUUUAUCUUUAAUACCGGUAAUGGGUGGACUUGCUCUAUGUUCAGUAAAUGAAAUCAGUUUUGAUCUCAGGGGAUUUAUUGCUGCUAUGGCUACAAAUGUAACAGAAUGUUUGCAAAAUGUAUAUUCCAAAAUGUUAAUAAGCGGUGAUAAUUUUAAGUAUACACCUGCAGAGCUGCAAUUUUAUACCAGUAUAGCAUCAAUCGUGGUACAAGUACCAGUUUCAAUUUUAUUGGUAGAUUUAACAACACUUCAACAUUCUUUAAGUUUUAAAUUAUUCACAGCAUUUCUCCUGAAUGGAGUGUUUUUCCAUUUUCAAAGUAUCACUGCAUAUGUACUUAUGGAUUACAUCAGUCCUGUGACACAUAGUGUUGCUAAUACAGCAAAGAGAGCUUCAUUAAUUUGGCUUUCAGUUCUGUUGUUUAACAAUCCUGUGACUGGUUUAUCUGCAAUGGGAACAUCCUUGGUAAUAGCAGGAGUAUUAUUGUAUAAUCGAGCACAAGAAUAUGAUAGAUUGAACAAAGCAAAAUUACGAUACACUUCGAAAGUUAAUUUACAAUAAUUUUAUAUUAGUGUUAUUAAGGAUUUAUAAUUACUGAGAAUAAAUUAUUGUAUUAAGUGUAUUAUUCCACGAAAAACUAAAACAAAUUUAGUUUUAAUUUCUACAAUCCAGUAUUUUAUUAAUUAUAAUAAUUUAUACUUUCAAUUAAAGUAAGACGAUGAAAA